UGAAUGAAUAAUAGUUUAUAUUUUUAGUCCAUUGACGGGAACAUGGUAUGAUACAGUACAUUAAAUGGAAUUGUGUUUUAAAAAAACUAUGCAAAACAGGAUGCAAAACUAUGCAGUCAUUGAUAAGAAUGUAACAUGAAGAUUCCCAUCAUUAUACUGAAUGUAUGAAUGACAUCUAUCCAUUCAUUCAUUCAUCCAAUUACAUUCAUAAAUAUUUAAAUAUUUGCUGAAAUGAGUCCCAAUAUAAACUCUCAAUUCCUGUUUGUUUUAGGGAUUUAUCCAAGAACAUGAAUGUGUACUCAUAUGGGGGUUUUUUUAUUGUAUAUUUUGGAGUGUUAAACAUUUUAAGGUGGACUCUUCCAGUAAAUCAGAAACUAAACUAAACUAAAACUAAAACUAAAAGUUUCUUGGACCUGUCAGUCUCUGUACGACUGGUCCACCUCUCUGUCCUAUAAUUAGUUAUGAGCCUUCAUAACUAGUUCAUGCGAACAGUCUUUCCUUGACCCUCAUACUCAUUCAUUUAAAAUUUACAGCUUCCUUAUUUACAAUAACCUUUAUCAUAGAGGAUUCAUCAAACCACAAAACCACCCACGUCAUACAGGUUCCGUUCAGUUCCUGUCUGUCUGUCAAUAUAACGUGGUGUCAAACCCUUGUGGAGGGAAGAGUACACAUCGGCAACAGUACACAUCAUCAACAUGCUCUUCGUCCCAGUGAUGCUCCUGCUCCCUGUACUCUGUCAAGUCCAGGCAGAUGAACCUAUUAAAACCUUUAGAUUCCAAGACCCGGUCACGGGGGAGACCCUGACCUGUGACAAAUGUCAACCCGGGACCUUCAUGGCUGCGCCCUGCACAGCUACCACCCCCACUGACUGCGCUCCGUGCAGUAGUCAGCACUUCACUGCACGGUGGAACUACCUAUCCAGGUGUCUGUACUGCAACAACUUCUGCAGCGACAAUCAGGAGGUGGAGGUGGAGUGUUCAGCUCUCAACAACCGUGUGUGUCGCUGCAAAGAAGGGUUUUUCUCCAAAAAUGACUUUUGUAUCAGACAUUCAGAGUGCGAGCCUGGAUUUGGAGUUCAAAUUAAUGGUACACGCAAAACAGACACCGUCUGUGAAAUGUGCCCCUAUGGAUACUUCUCCAGCUCGUCUUCUGCGCUGGACCCAUGUGUAGAACACACAGAAUGUAAAAAUGGAACUGUUGUGCUUCUGCCUGGUUCACUUUACUCUGACUCAGUGUGUGGUACCUGUGAGGAGCUGGCAAGAGGAGGUGACUCUCUGAGGAACUUCAUCUCAGGAUUCUUUGCCAUGUACAGGAUGCGUGUGGUAAAAAUGAAGACAUUUGUUUAUAGGAACAUUGAUAGGACUGUGCGCAGACACAGGGGUCCUCUGCUGCAUGAGAUCAGAGCGUGGGUCCACCGAGCUCCAGAGGAGCAGCUGUGGAAACUGCCCCAGCUGCUGAAGGAUGCACAGCUCAACACCAUGGCCACCAGACUACAGAAGACGCUGACUGAGAUUAAAGAGCAAAACCCUGGCUGUAGUUUGAGGUCUGAGAGACUAGGGAUUAUGGGCUGAACAUUGUUUUUUACAGUCCUUCAGAGUAACUAACACAAAUACCUCAUUUACUUCAUUAACAGGAGAUAUACCAGCAUUUUGUCAAUUGUGCAACUGUUUACAACAUUGUAAAGUUACCUGUAAGGGUUUAUACUUUGCCUUAGGUUUUGUCUAACUUAAAUCAGUGAGGUAAUAAAAGAAAAACACAUGAUCAGCAA